AUGGAUACAACAACAAAACAAAGAUUGGUUUUUGCUGUAAAUGGACAGAGGUUUGAGGUGUAUAGCAUUGACCCUUCAACUACUUUGCUUGAGUUUCUGCGGUCUCAAACUCCUUUUAAAAGUGUCAAGCUCAGUUGUGGAGAAGGAGGAUGUGGUGCUUGCAUUGUCCUACUUUCAAAGUAUGAUCAUGUUCACAACAAGGUUGAGGAUUUCACUGUGAGUUCCUGCCUAACAUUUUUAUGCAGUAUAAAUGGAUGCUCAAUCAUUACAGCUGAGGGAAUUGGGAACACCAAGGAUGGGUUCCACCCCAUUCAACAACGAUUCUCGGGUUUCCAUGCUUCUCAAUGUGGCUUUUGCACUCCUGGAAUGUGUGUUUCUCUCUAUGCAUCUCUUGUUAAUGCUGAUAAGAUGAAUAAUCGAGCAGAGCCUUCACCAGGAUUUUCCAAGCUGACAGUUUCUGAAGCUGAAAAGUCUAUUGCAGGAAAUCUUUGUCAAUGUACCGGUUACCGACCCAUUGUUGAUGCCUGUAAAAGUUUUGCUACUGAUGUUGACAUGGAGGAUUUAGGGUUUAACUCCUACUGGAGAAAAGGGGAAAGUAAUGAAGUAAAGUUGAGUAGGUUACCUCCGUACAAUUGCAACUAUGUGACUCGUGUGUUUCCUGAGUUUUUAAAGAAGGAAACUGCAGUUGGUCUCAAUCUGGGCUCUGAAAGGUAUCAUUGGUAUAGUCCUGUUAGUCUUAAGGAGCUACAGGGUUUAUUGCAAAUGGAAGCUAAUGGGGGAACUUCAAUGAAGAUUAUAGUUGGUAACACUGGAAUGGGUUAUUACAAGGAGCUAGUACACUAUGAUAAGUAG